GCGGCCCUCUCUCUUCCGUGCCUGCCCUCCCAGCCGCCAUGGCCGGCGAACAGCUGCACAUCCUCACCGGCGGUGGCGGGAAACUUCGCCUCAAGCGCAAGAGGCCGCCGGCGAGUGGAGGGGCCGGCCUUCCCCCUCCUCCGCCGCCCCCUGACCGUCCCCAGACGAGGGACAGCAACUUGGGCUGGUUUGAAGCGCAAGGUUUAAGUGAGGCUGACAGAACGUGGCUGGCAUUACUCAAGGCUGCAGACCCCCAGCUGAACCUCUCAACCUUGGGAAAAGUGGCCAGGUUUCCAGUGUUUCUUAACAAGAGCUCUCAAAUUACAAAUCCUCAGCCAAAGCCAGAAACAUUUAAUUUUGGCUUGGAACAGAUUCAGUGGCAGCCCUUUCCGCUUUACCGCAAAGAGGGAAACAUUAUCAAUCACAGGAUUCCUCAAAACUUAGAGAGCCCAACUACCAGUCUAGUGGAACAAGAAAUUUAUGAAGAUGAACGAUCCAACACCGUUUCUCCUGUACCUGUGCAGACACCCCUUGUAGCCAAUAAGCACACCCCUAAAAAAUCAAAAACGGGGCACGGCACAGGACAUUCCUCUAAAGAUUGUGGGAAGAUUAAAAACUCUCCGCGCACUCACCGUCAAAACUCACCCAGGUUUUUUGGACCAACAGCUGUUCAGCAGAAGUUAGGCUUGCGAGAGCUUUGGAAAAAGGCUUCUACGCAAAGCCAACUGAAAAGCGCAACAGAAAGUGAAAAACAAAGAGCUUCCAGUAAGGACACCCUGGGACAAAAUAGGACCGCAUUGCUAUUACCUUCACAAGGAAGUCCUGCUAAUUCCAGUGCCAGUGGCCUUCAGCAGAAAUCAGUAUGCCAGAAUGAAGACCUCUCAACUCUUGACUGUUGUCCUAUGUGUCAGUUCCACUUCACUGGAACAUUGUCACAACUGGACCGCGAUAGCCAUCUUGCUAAAUGCUUGUCUGAGAGUACAGAAGAUGUGAUUUGGUAACGUAACAGGAAUCACAGUCAUCUGAGAAACAUCUGAGCAUCGACAGAGAAAUUUAGGAAGUCUCACAGCUAUACCCCAUUACUGUGAUUAACAAGAAAAGCAGAAGUUCAAGGGGACACUUAAUUAAUCCUCUAUUAUGCUGUAAACCCUAUUUGCAUCCUGAUCUUGCGAUACGACUGUUUGGGGAGUAACAGUGGGAGAACCAAAGGAAUUUGGAUGCACAUAUGGUUCCACUACGGCUUUCCACACAAACGAGUAUUAUUGAAGAAUCUGUUUCAGAAGGUCAGAUAGUUUAAUGAAACUUUACAGAAUUUUUUGGAGGGAAAAGCCAUUUGUGGCACUAUGACUUAAUUGGGGAUGAUUAACUGACCAGAAAGCUUUUUGAAACUGUAUACUUCCAAUAUGCAUUUUGAAAAAACCCUUAAAUAAAAAGGUGGUUAGAAUCUC